AUGAUUAGCAAGCAUUUCUUUGAAGUUUUGCUGGUGCUACUGACCUCUUCUACUGUCUUCUCCCUAGAACUGAAAAUGGUUCUCUUCCAACAACGGAGAAUAAACAGAGAGAGUUUAAAACUCCUGAGUAGAUUUCAAAGUUCGUCAAUUCAGCAGUGUCUACAACACAGGAAAAACUUCCUGCUUCCCCUGAGGUCUAUGAAUCCUGACCACAACCAGACGGGACAUGCAAUCGCCAUUCUUCAGGAAAUGCUUCAACAGAUCUUCCAUCUUUUCAGGGCAAGAACUUCUCUGGAUGAUUGGGAGCAAAGACACAAGGAGCAGUUCCUCCUUGAAAUUCACCAACAACUGGAAUAUCUAGAAAUGCUUCUGAAAUCGGAAGCAGAACAGAAAAAAAGCACCUUGAGUCAUGAGAACCUGAGGUUACAGGUUAAAAUAUACUUUCAAAGGAUCCGUGAUUACCUAGAAAACCAAGAAUACUGCAGCUGUGCGUGGGCCAUUGUUCAUGCGGAAAUUCACCGAUGUCUCUUCUUUGUGUUCAGACUCACAGGAAUGCUGAGCAAACAAGAAAUGUACCCUUGA